UUCACUCGACUUUUCCGGCCUGUUUCCGGGUUCGCACUGCUGGCCGCGAGCUUGACGCUAAGAAAAACUCGACUCGUCAAACAUGGCCGGCCAGGAAGAUCCAGUGCAGAGAGAAAUUCACCAAGACUGGGCCAACCGGGAAUACAUCGAAGUAAUAACGAGCAGCAUCAAGAAAAUUACCGACUUCCUUAACUCUUUUGACAUGUCAUGUCGAUCCCGUUUGGCUACCCUGAAUGAGAAGCUGACAGCCUUGGAGCGGAGGAUCGAAUACAUUGAAGCAAGAGUUACAAAAGGAGAGACCUUGACAUAAACAUCAUCAUGGAGAUUUGCAGCAUCCUAAUGAUGUCCUCCCAAUUACACACCAAUUUUAUCAUUACUUUUUUUUUUUGAGUUUGUGUGAUGGAUUCCACCUUCCUUUUUUAUCCUUAUUUUUAAAUUGUAUCACUAAUUUUGCUUGUUUCAUAUGAUGCCACCACUGUGUGUGCAGUAUACAGGAAAUGGCUCUCCAAGUGUGCUACUUGGGCAUGGCGUUUUUAACAAACAAUAUAUAACGAUCCACAACUUUGCUUUAAUAUUAUGUGGACUUUGGUUCUUGUGUGGUAGCAGGCAGUUUUAAUGGACCACUUGCGUUUCACAUCAUGUCAAUAGCAGCACAGAAUUGAUGACUGGGGACCAUCCUCUUGUGCCAAGUUGAACAAGUCUUUUGUUGUGUAGCCUUUAAUAAGGACUGUUUGUACAGUGCACUCUUUGCUCAUGUGACGUGUCAACAUUAUAAUAAUGUAAUAAAAUGUCAGAAAAAACAUUGAAAAUGAAACCAACAUUUAGUUGUUUUG